UACCAGUCGUUGCUCGCCCGUCACCAUGGACUCUUGCGCUUUACUUGCACUGGCCCUGCUGGGGCUGGUAUGCUCGUCCGAGGGUGCCAAAAUUCUCGGAAUCCUUCCGACGGCCGGCAAAUCUCACUACAUAAUCGGAGCAGCGUACAUGAAGACCCUCGCGGAAGCCGGCCAUGAAGUGACCGUCAUAAGUCCGUUCCCGCUGAAGAACCCGCCGAAGCACUACCGCGACAUCGAGCUGACCGGGAUGCUGGAAGCGGCCGCCGGCCAAGACGAGGACAUGUUCAAGUACAAGGGAUCCGGCUUCGGGUCGUUCGCCAUCAUGCUGAUGGUGCUGUACGGAAUGUUUCCGGAAGUGGUCUGCAAGUUUGUGCUUCAGCAUCCGAACGUGGUGGAGCUGUUGAAGUCGGAUGAGAAGUUUGAUCUCGUGAUCGCGGAAACGUUCCUCACGGAAUCGCUGUACGGAUUCGCGCAGCACUUUGAUGCCCCAUUGAUUACGUACUCCACGUUUGGGAACUCCAUGUGGACCAAUGACCUGGUGGGAACGCCAGCGCCACCGUCGCAUGUAGCACAUUUUCUGCUCAGCUUCGCCGAUCAGAUGUCGUUUUGGGAGCGAUUGGGGAACGUAGCGGCAACGAUUGUGGAUCGUUUAGCUUUUGAGUUGUAUUAUUUGCCUGUUCAGAAGCAAAUGUAUAAAGAAGGAUUCCCAAAUGCAAAGAUUUCGUUUGAAGAGCAGAUGCAGAACGUGUCGUUGGUGUUCCUGAAUCAACAUUUCAGCGUUAGCAGUCCCAGACCGUACGCGCCGAACAUGAUCGAGGUUGGUGGGAUUCAGGUUGAGAAGCCUAAGGCGUUACCAGAGGACCUUCAAAAAUACCUCGACGAAGCCGAGCACGGUGUGAUCUACUUCUGCAUGGGAUCCAAUCUCAAGUCCAAGUUCUUCCCAGAAGAGAAACGGAACGCAUUCCUCAAAGUAUUCUCCACGCUGAAGGAACGUGUGCUGUGGAAGUUUGAGGAUGAAACGCUUCCCAAUCAACCGGGUAAUGUCAAGAUUCAGGCGUGGAUGCCCCAAAACGACAUCCUAGCGCAUCCAAAAGUGAAGCUGUUCAUCACUCAUGGUGGACUGCUUGGAACUUCAGAGUCUCUAACUCAUGGAAAGCCCAUGGUUGGAAUCCCGAUCUUUGGCGAUCAAAUGAUGAACGUGGAGAAGGGAGUACGAGCUGGAUACUCCUAUCUACUGGACUACGAUGAUAUUACAGAAGAGAGCGUUGCAAAAGCGAUCAACACUGUUUUGGGAACUCCUUCGUAUACGAAGACCGCACAGCUGAUAUCCCAGAGAUUCCGCGAUAGACCACUGACAGCUCAACAAACUGCUGUAUACUGGGUUGACUACGUAAUCCGACAUGGAGGAGCUCCACAUUUGAGGUCUCCGGCGAUGGAUCUGUCAUUGCUUCAGUACAAGCUACUGGAUGUUUACGUGGUUCUGUUAGCGAUAAUUAUGUUAAUAGCUUCUUUGAACUUCUACAUUGCAAAAGUUAUACUAAGAAAGUUGUUCAAAUCUAAAAAAGCUAAAGGAAAUAAACAAAAGAGGUCGUAGAUUUGCUCAUGAUUCAGCAAAA